CGUCGUCCUCUUCGAUUUAAAAUGGCAAUAACUCAAUUUGUAUUUUGUUUUGAUGUUUUCUUUACUUUCCCGUUAAAAUAAACUUCGUCCGACUAUUUGGACUUCACAUCGACCAUCAACGGUGAUGCCUGAUCGUCGUUGCUGACAUACUGCGGCACGAGUACACCCGGGGCCGGCCGGUUGUUUUUUCACCGUCAAAUUCACGUACAAAGAUUAAUACAUGUUAAAACACAAAAAAGUUUCCGUGAAAAAAAUUUGCCCCGGUUGUGGCUUACAGUACCCAGUUGCUGUGAAGACUUGUACCAAAUGCAAGCACUCAUUUUACCUGUCCAAAAAAGACAUAACCCCCAAAGUCGCCCCAGCCAAGGUGGCAGCGGCGGCGGUCGUGCCAGUCCAGGAAUCCAAAGAUGUUACAACCGCUCCAACUACACGUUCAGACGGCCGCCGUAGAACUGAGCGUGUGCGCCGUGAAAAACCAAACUAUUACGAUGCCUCUGCAUUCAUACGUAAAACUCGGAAACGUACUGAAAAACCAAAUGCAAAACAAAAAGAUAAUUAUCAAGGUCGCCGAGGUGUACAAAUAUCACAGCCUAAAAAAGGUGUGGCAUCCCUAAAACAAAAUUAUAAAACAAAAGUCGUACAAGAUCCAGAAGAUAAAAUAUAUCAUACUAUCAUGAAGAAUGAAAAAGCAAAAGUAUGUGCUAUCAUUUUAUCUGAAUUGAAUGAUAAGUUAAUGUUAACUUCUUGGAGACCGUGAAACAACUGAUGUCAAGACUUAUUACUUUUUAGAAUUUACUAUAAGAUAUUCAAAAACAAAAAAAUAAUUGAAUAAUGUAAAUUUAAAUGUUUAGUUAAAAUAAUCAAAAUAUCAAAAUUAGAUUCUAACUUAGACAGUUUUACUAGAUAUAUUUUACUAUUAACUGCAGUUUGACAUUCUGAAUGAUUGAUUUAUAAAAGUAAGUAAAUAUUUCUUCCUAAAAUACUUUUAUUGAAACAGGAACGUUUUGUUCCUAGUUAAUUUUUAUUAUUUAAUGUAUAUUUAAAUAAAAAUGUGCCAUGCAUUUCCAAUUAUUUAAUAAGCGAUUAUUUAUUGUGAGAAUUCCUGUUAAAUGUAAAGUUUAUUUCUUUAUGACCAUAUAAGUGAUUUUGAAUGGGUAUUUUAUCCAGUUUACUAUUUGAUAUCUUCAUUCGGUUAUAUAGUAAAAAUUAUAAAUAUGUAAUGUUUUUAACUUAAAUUCUCAUACAAUAUACUAUAUUGAUUGUAAAUAUUAUAUUUUGAAAAAAGUAUGUGUUCGAAUUAGUGUUUAAUGUUUGUUUUAUAUUACUUGUUUUUUUAAUCAAGAUAACAUUGUAGUACACUUUCUUAAUAUUUGUCAAUGUAUUUUAAUUUUAUUAAUACUUUAAUGAUGGCAUAUUUUUUUUCAUUACUAUUAUAUUCAUUAUAUUUUUAAUUUAUAUUAUUAUGUGUCAUGAUUUUUUUGUAAAUCAAUAUUGUGUUGAUUGGCGUUGUUUAUUGAAGAUAAAUUUACAAAAGAAAGAACUGAGUAUAUAUUAAUUAUAUGUUUCAAUUUUAUGAAUGUUACAGUGUUAUUAUUAUCAUUUCAAUAAUAACCUCAGCUUUUAUUUUUUUUUACUGCAAAGUGCAAACUAAUACCUCCCACCAAUUUAUAAAUAUUAGAUUAUACUUAAUAAACUAUAAAUAAAAAAUAAUAAUAUUAAUGUUAAAUAAACACUGUUUUUCAUAAGACUGUGUUUGUUAAAGUUAUCCAUAAUAUGUAACUGGGAACAAAUUAAAAUCUCAUUGUAGGUAUCAAAAAUAAUUUUAUUUUUACACAGGUACAAAAAUGAAAAAAAAAAAAUCAGUACUCGGUUAAUUUAGUUGUACAAGUGUACAACACAUUUCACCGUUAAUUAUGUAUUCACUCUUUACAAAUUAAUACACCAUACAAGCUAGGAAGGGCCAACUAGUGGACAAUAUUUUGUUGUUGUUUUAUAUUCUAUUUAAUGAUAAUAUUUUUUUUAUUAUGUCACAAAAAUUGUAAUGAAUUACACAAUCUUAAUUUUUUUGUAACCAAAUAGGUGAUUUAUAAUUUAAUAAAAAUAUACAUUUUUUUAUUUAUUUUGACCUUUGUUGAACAUAACAUCAAAUUUGAAAUUAUGUAAGUUAUUAAGAAUGUUGGCCAUUCCUGAUUCAUAAAAUUCAUAUGAUCUUAAUACAAUAUAAUAUAUACAGCAGUAUAUACACAUACUUCUUAAUUAGACAUACAGUUGUCGUAGUAGAUAAAGUUAUAAAAAAUAAAAAACAUAUUUCUUCAGUGAAACAACAAUGUUAAAAUAUUCAGAGGUAACAAAUUCUUAAUAGUAACGGAAAUCAAAACAUGCCUGAGCACUUUCAAUAGGAUUUAAGCUCGAAAAGCGCAUACAAAUCGUAUUCGACCACAUUCAGUCUUAGAAAAAACAUGUUUACCGCAACCGAGUG